AUGGACGACAGUCCUGGUCCUCUCCUCGUCGCAGGCACCGUCCUCAAACGUCAAGACGAAAAUUCAAAUGAAGUUCAGAUGACGGCGAUGGCAAAGAGGUGCAAGCUGCCAAGGCCAAAGGCACCCCGCAGUGAUAAGAUGAAAAUCCCAAACGGCAGCGAGAGACGUGGCGACAGCACCAGCAGCAUCAGACACAGCCACGCCCAUGGCAAAACGCCGCAAACGGGACCCGCAGCCCGGCAGCGACCAGCCACCGCCCCCCGACAAGCGACAAGGGAAACCAACCACAGGGAGAAGAGCAGAGCCCAACAGCAGCAACGAAGAGGGCACAGCAACCGCGACGAAGGAAGCAGCAACCAGGACACAGCGACAGCGACGGUGACGGCGGACGGGAACGCUGCGGCGGCAACACCAAAAGCUGCAACGAAACACAGCGACACAGGCAACGGGGACGACCCAGGUCACCCCAGCAGGCAGCACGCAACGGCAGCAGCCCAGAAGAUAAUGCAAGCAGCAACAAACAGCAGCCGCAAGAGGCACACAGCGCAGCACACACCAGCCGACAAAGAGGCAGCAAGUGCUUUAGUAAUGAAUGACAAAACAGACAAUGAAUCCUCCAUCUCUGAAUUUCUGCUCCUUGAAUUCUCAGCAAUCCGGGAACUGCAGAUUCUGCACUUUUUUCUGUUCCUGGGAUUGUACCUGGCAAUUGUAUCAGGGAAUCUUCUCAUCAUCUCUGCAGUAGCCUUUGACCACCGCCUUCACACUCCCAUGUAUUUCUUUCUGAUGAACUUGGCCAUCCAGGACAUAGGUGCUGUUUCAGUUACUGUUCCUAAAUCCAUGGCUAAUUCCCUCAUGAAUACCAGACACAUUUCUUAUGCUGCAUGCGUAGCUCAAGUCCUCUCAUUUGUUUUCUUUCUGUCAUCUGAUAUUGCCCUUCUUACAGUCAUGGCAUAUGAUCGAUAUGUUGCCAUUUGUAAUCCAUUGCAAUAUGAAAUGGUGAUGAACAGAACAGCCUGCACCCAAAUGGUUGUUGCUGUAUGGACUGCUAGCAUACUUUAUGCAGUCUUACACACUAGUGGAACUUUUGCAACCCCUUUCUGCUCAAACAUUGUGAACCAGUUCUUCUGUGAGAUUCCACAGUUACUUACACUGUCCUGCUCUAACUUCUACCUAAUAGAAAUUGGAGUUGUGGUAGUGAGUGUCAUCCUUGUGUUUGGCUGCUUGGUCUUCAUCAUUGUCACUUAUGUCCACAUCUUCAGUGCUGUUCUGAAAAUCCCUUCUGUUCAGGGAAGGAAAAAGGCCUUCUCCACUUGUAUACCCCACCUAAUCGUCUUCUCCGUAUUUUGUUUUACUGUAUGUUUUGCUUACCUCAGGCCUCCCUCUAAAACUCCAUCUGAACUGGACUUUGCAUUAACCAUGAUGUAUACCCUUGUUCCACCCAUGUUCAAUCCAAUAAUCUACAGCAUGAGAAACAAGGAGAUAAAAAAUGCCUUAUCAAAGCUGCUGGGUUUGAGGCCCUCUUCUAUGAAUAUCUUGUCCAGACUUGUUUAG